GCUGUGAGCGGGAAGCCGCCGGUACAAUGGCCGGAAAGCUUAAAGGCUUUUGUGAGGAAAGCGGGCGAGCUCUCGAGAGACAGAACGGUGGAGAAAGACGAAGAACUGGGUAUAUUGGCGGGAGAGCAGCUCAACUAUGAUGCCGCCACAUGUAGACAAGCUGCCAUGACGCCGAAGAAGCUGCAUGAAGUAGAUCGAUUAUCGAGAGUGGUUUUCACCGUUGCGGAGCGGUCGCAUGUUGAUACCAUCAUCGACAUAGGAGCGGGGCACGGUUAUCUUACACACCUAGUCGCAACACAAAACCCUUCACGCAGGGUCGUCGCCAUCGACUGCGAGGAUGCACGAACAUGCGGCUCCAAAGACCGCGGGUCCCGUAUCCUCUCCUCAGUCCACCACCAAGUUCCAGCCGCGAUGCUGAAUUUCGGCGGUUACCACCACCGUCUCAAGCUUGAUCCUACGUGGACCAGCAAAGUGGAGUACGCGACCGCACGAUUAGACCCGGCAACGCUGUCGGAGACGUGUGGAGGCGGGAAGGGGAGCCGAUAUGCGUUGGUCGGGUUGCAUAGCUGUGGAGAUUUGAGCGGGGUUACCAUGCUUACGACGUUUCUGGAGUGUGGGGAUGUGAAAGCGGUGGUUGUUGUUGCGUGUUGCUAUCAGCGUAUCACCACGGGAAGUGGUCCGAAUGACGCAGCUGCUGGGAUCCCGCUCAGCCAAACCGUCAAAGACCUCACAAGUCACCGCAACCCGCCAUUCACCCUAACCCACCGCGUCCUCUCCUCCGCCCAACUAACCUUCGCCUCCUUCGCCGACUCCACCACAAUCAUCUCCUCCUUCAAAGGACACUACCACCGCUCCCUAUUCGAGCUCGCACUCCGUCGCUGGUCGACAAUGCACCCGGCUUCAUUCGAUAGACUCGGCUUGAACGAACCCGCCAGUUUCUCCUCGGGACCAUCGUUUCGCGUGGGCGGGCUGCCAAAAGCUUGUACGAGAAAUUUUAGGGCGUAUUGUUUGGCUGCGGCGGGGAAGAUGGGGCUUUUAGUUGGGGAGGAUGUGGAGCAGGAUCUGGGGCUUGGGCGGUCGCUUGAUGGGUUGAUUUUGGAGCUUCAGGAGGAGUUUCCUGUGGAGAGGAUGUUGCCACGGAUUGCGUUGAUGUGUGUACUGAGAUCGGUGUUGGGGCCGUGUGUGGAGGCGCUGGUUUUGUUGGAUCGGGUGAAGUAUUUGGAAGAGGGCCUUGGCUGCGGGCCGAAUGGGGAGGCGAAAGGAAAGGUUUGGCUCAGGAACAUCUUUGAGAAUGAUCUAUCGCCGCGGAACGCCGCGAUUGUUGCUGAAAAGACAGAUGGUGGGCAGAUAUGAAAAGGGCGAUAGUUCUCAGAGAGGGAGUUAGUCUAGAUUGAGUGUCGUAGGGAGCUUCAGAAGUGGUCCGCAGUGAUAAUCACGGGUGGACCAGGGAUUGCUUUAUGUACAAGAGUGCGGUCUAUAGAGCUGUAGUACAACUGACAUGCAAGCAAACGGCAGUAAAUUAAGAUACACUACAUACACGAAACUCCUAUUUCUUGUUCUUUCCGAGGGUUUUGGAGAUAAUCCCUUUGCCGGCGUUGAGAGAUUCUGCUUUGGAGCCGGUGGCUUUGCCUUUAGCUGUUGGUGAAGCGAAUGACAUCGUUAGAGAAUGGGUCUGCGCAAGAUUAAGGUGACGAAAUUUUGGCCCUAACCUGCAGCCUCCUCGGCCUUCCUC